AUGAGUGACUCCAAGAAAGACAGCGGGGUCGUCACGCCCACCGAUGUAUUGCCCGAGUCUAAGGUUGAGUCCAAGGUCGAGUCCAAGGUCGAGUCCAAGGUCGAGUCCAAGACACAGUCCAAGACGCAGUCCAAGAUGUCCAUCUCCAAGGCGUCCAUGUCCAGCAUGAAAAUGAUCGAAGCAAUCCAAGCCAAAGCUCCGUUUGGACAAGGCAUGCUCCUCGCCGUCAUGUACCUCGGGUUCGCGACGCUCGUGGCCGUCAGCACCUACUACCUCAACGGGAUUGCCAACACGCCCGUCUACUUUGGCGUCGUCAUGCAAGCCUUCGACUACAACCAGUGGGACGUACCCGUCAACACGCUUCUCCAAGGCUCUGGCUUUGUGCACACCAACUACACCGCAGCGCCCGUCGACGGCACGGUCUCCGUUAGC